AUGGCUAUUAACGAUGCUCUCCGUGCUCUAAAGCAUACCGAAUUGCCUACUGACAACUCAACUACUAGCGUCACACAGCUCCCAGCCAACAUCCUGGAGGCCUUCAUUCCCGGUUACUCUAUCAUCUCAAAAUUCUUGCUAGAUUCUUUAGGCUUCGACAUCACCUUACUCGUCUCUGUGUGCUUCCUCAUAUUCGGAUUGGCUACAUCCCUCAAAUUUGCUUGGAAACACACUUCCGAGCAGUUCAAUGAGUACUUCAUGAGCUACAUCAGGAUCGAUUCCGACGACGACAUUUACGACCACGUUAUGGAAUGGAUUAGGGUUCAGAAUGUCUCAAAAAACUCCCGCAAGCUGAUGGCCAAGACCGGACGGGAAAAUGCUUGGGAUCUGGUCGACGGCGACAUGGGAGUGCCUGAGCUCGACCCCAGCAAACUCGUGAACUUCAGCAAUUGGGAUGCCAAAGUUCCCCCAAGGUUUCAGCCCUCAUUUGGAAUUCACCGUUUCUUCCACAACGGAAGGUUGUUCCAGCUGACGCGUGAGAACAAACACGUGAUGCGCGAUGGUUGGGGAGGGAGUUCACUGCGAGACGAAGAGAACAUCACGUUGACUUGUGUCGGACGCUCGACGAAGCCAAUCAAAGAUCUCAUCAAAGUAGCCCGGGACCAUUACUUGGACAAGGAAAAGUCCUGUACUGUUGUCCGUAGGCCGUGUCCCAAGGAACAGAGGGGCAGAGGUCGUACACUAUGGAUGAAGGUUGCUACUCGACCUUCCAGACCGAUUGAGACCGUGGUAUUGGAUCAUGAGCAGAAGAACCGGGUGCUUGUCGACAUCAAUGAAUAUUUACAUCCAUCUACGCCUCGAUGGUAUGCUAACCGAGGCAUUCCAUACAGGCGAGGCUACUUAUUCCACGGUCCCCCAGGGACUGGUAAGUCCAGCCUUGCCUGGGCCAUUGCAGGGGUCUUUGGCCUAGACAUCUACUGCAUCUCCCUCGUGGAUCCCACACUGACGGAAGAGGACCUUGGCAUGAUGUUUACUAGCUUACCACGAAGAUGUGUCGUUCUCCUGGAAGACAUUGACAGCGCCGGUCUAAGCAAGCGUCAAGAGGAGGAGACAGUCGAGAAGCUCAAGCCAGAAGACGAAGCCGCCGCCAAGAUUGGCGCCGAAAUUACCAGAGCCAUCAAAUCUGUACAGAAAGAUGGAAAGAACAACAAGGAGAAUCAAGGCAUCUCUCUCUCGGGACUGCUGAACGCCAUCGAUGGAGUCGCCUCUCACGAAGGCAGAGUUCUCCUCAUGACGACAAACUUUCCGGACAAGCUCGACGAAGCCCUCAUUCGCCCUGGUCGAGUGGACAUGAAGGUCAAGUUCACCAAUGCUACUCGAUCCCAAAUCUGCGAGCUCUUCACUCGCAUGUAUACUCCCGAUACGCCUGCCAGCCUGGCCCCGGAGCAGAUCAGGCUCGGUCCUGUACCUAGGGCAAACGGAACUCUUCACCAAGCUACCCUUAAUGGUAGUCUUCUGCAGCCAAAAUCCGCAAAGAUCGAAGACGUCAUGACGCCUCCAGAAAGCCCUAAACAAGCCAAUACACCCACAACGACAUUCUCGCCCUCAAGUAUUGAAGAGAUUGCAGUUCAGUUCGCGGACCGCCUGCCAGAAGACAAAUUCACGCCUGCUGAGGUCCAAGGCUUCCUUUUGACCAGAAAGAAGGAACCUAUGAACGCCCUGGAGGAGGUCGAGGCUUGGAGGGAUGGAGUGCUGGAGGCUAGGGAAAGGAAGAGCAUGAGCAAGAAGGAGGUUGUGCCCUAA